GAUAGCUGCCGUUCGUGAACUAAAACUGCUCUAUUCGAGCAUGGCAACAUCGCUUGAAGCUUAUCUUGUUGAAUUGUCAAGUGCAAACGACUGGCACGGUAUAAUCGAAGCUGGCAACUUGUUCAGCGUCGAGGAAAAGACAAAAUUUUUAUGGGCUUGGCCAUCUGUUGCGUCGUUAGCAUGGCUAAAGCGAAUUUUGACGGAAAAUCACAUUGGAAAUAUAUUGAGUGUGGGAUGUGGAUCUGGCCUACUUGAGUGGCUCAUCAGUAAAACGACCGGCGUCAAUGUGGUUGGAUUAGAAUUAGAUAAAUCCUGGUGGAAAUCAGCAUACUCACCCACAACAUUCAUCGAUAUUAAAUUCACCGAACGUCAAAUAACGAGCGAAUUUCUGAAAAAGUGCAUUCAAGCGGAACCAAGUCAGUUUGCAUUACUAUUUUGCUAUUUUAACAAUCGAAAAGCGUUCCUAGAAUAUGUGCGCGCAUACAGCGGUGAUUUAGUUAUAAUUGUCGGCCCAAAUAGUGAACAACACAUCGUCACCGAUCCGAAUCCAUUAAAACCAAACUUUGAAAGUGAUGAAUGGUCGUUGCUCGACUUUUGUCAGUUUAAUGAUCAAUUUUCGAAUUGUAUGAGCAUUUUCAAAAGAAGAAAAUAUAAUAAAGAGAAA